CGAUAUUAACACGUAAACAAUACAAAGUUAAAGGUUGUGAAAAUGUUGAGCAAAUUAUAUUAACUACUUUUGUGCCUGGUAAUUUAGUACAAGAUACGCAUCAAUUUACCUUCAAUUUUGUGUAUUGACUACGCUGAUAAGGUUGUUAUCAUUUGUGAAAUCAUUCGAAGCAAGAGGUCACCUCCAUCCAAGUUCUAAUCAUGGAGCAAACUCGACUCCUUGACAAAACUCCGUUAUCCUUCACGUACGAUCUACUCCGUUCUAAGACCGACCAGGAAAUUGUGACAAAUUUCUCACUGGUCAUGGCAGGUUCGGUUUUGCUUAUCGUUGUGUGGAAUUUGGUGUGGGGUCCAGUGCCGUAUGGGAAGGCCGCAAUGGUUUCAAUGAGGGGUAAGGAUAACUCGAAAGGGUUAUCCUGGAAAUUUUGGGAGUAUUCGAUCAGUUCGAGGUUCGCUUGGGGGAUUGGCCAUCUUCCAACCAUAAUCGUGCCCUGGGUGGUCAUUCUCUGCACCCCGACGCCCUAUCUUUACAACGUUACAAAUCUUGCUGGACUGACGAUCUUCUAUGUUCAUUAUCUUAAUCGCACGGUAAUUUAUCCCUCCAAAAUAUCUCAUCAUGCAACUCCCUAUCCGGCCUGGUCCAUCGUUGGUCCGCUGAUCAUCACCACGGGAAGCACUUUCGUCCAGACGCAUCAUCUCGCCAACGUGCAAAAACCCCUUGACGUUUCCUUCCUGACUUUUGUCGGGAUUGGGGUGACCAUCCUGGGAGGCUGGCUGAAUACCCGGCACGACUGGAUUCUGACGGGACUUCGGGCCAGAGGAAAAGGUUACCAGAUUCCGGAGGGGUCGCUCUUUGAAUACGUUUCAUGUCCGAAUUUCUUUGGGGAGUGUUUGAAGUGGUGGGGUCUCGCAUUGGUGACGGGUGGAGGAAGUCCACAGGUAAUGAUUGCAAUCGUCUCCACCGUGUUUCUGGGAUUCCGAGCGAGAUUUACGCACAAGUGGUAUCAUGCCAAGUUUGGGACCAAGUACCCCCGUGAGAGGAAAGUUAUCAUCCCCUUCGUGUAUUGAAUAUGCAGGUGUUAUUGAGUAUAUGUAAAUACUUGUCCAAAACAUAUCGUAGAAAAAACUUGUAAUAAAUUGUAAUGGGUUUUUUGUGCAUUCUACACUGCA